CGCAGAGAGGCUGGCAUGCCAAUGGCUGGGGCGCCUGCCCGGCUCAGUCGAGCGAAGGCAGGCAGGAGGACGCCUCGCAGCCCGGGCAAGGAAGGCGGCGGCGGCCAGGAGCCCUCGUAGCCCAGCCCCAGCCCCGCGGAGCCAUGGUCUCCUGGAUCAUCUCCAGGCUAGUGGUGCUCAUAUUUGGCACUCUGUAUCCUGCGUAUUACUCUUACAAAGCUGUAAAGUCAAAGGAUAUUAAAGAAUAUGUAAAAUGGAUGAUGUACUGGAUUAUAUUUGCACUCUUCACGACGGCAGAGACGUUCACGGACAUUUUUCUUUGCUGGUUUCCGUUUUAUUAUGAACUCAAAAUAGCUUUUGUAGCUUGGUUGUUGUCUCCAUACACAAAGGGCUCCAGCCUCCUUUAUAGAAAAUUUGUACAUCCAACAUUGUCUUCAAAAGAAAAGGAAAUAGAUGACUGCCUAGUCCAAGCAAAAGAUCGAAGCUACGAUGCCCUUGUACACUUUGGGAAGCGGGGCCUAAAUGUCGCAGCCACAGCUGCUGUGAUGGCAGCUUCUAAGAGCCAAGGAGCUUUGACAGAGAGACUUCGGAGCUUCAGUAUGCAAGAUCUCACAACAAUUAGAGGAGAGAGUAGUAGCACAGUGACUCCAUCACCGCCACCACCUCCUGCUCCAUCAGGUUCGGUACGAUCAAGCAGCAAGGAGAGCCGGUCGAAAGCAUCCAAAAGCGCUUCGGACAGUAUUGGACGCUCAGAGUGUGCAUGUUGUACAGUUUGCCAAGCUGUCCAAGUGGUUGAACUAGAGAGUGAGGCAGACACCGAAAAACCACUUGAGGCAAACUGUGAAUCAACUGAUGUUGUCUUCUCAGAUGAUGAUGAGAAGGACUCCUUGGAUUGUACAGCCAAGGCUAAAAAACCUCAGGCAAAGAAUGCAGUCAUUGAGGCACCGCCUAGGAGCCUUAGACCUCGUUUCAGGAAAAAAAGUACCUCAUCGUCUACCACUGAAACCAUGUAAGUGUGAUGAGCCAUUAGCACCGAGAUCUACAGAAUGUCUCUCUUCUGCCUUAAAAGAUCUACUUCGUUAAUAAUGUAGAAAAAAACCCAGUGGUGAGAUGGAUGUGCUUGUGACAUUGCAGCAUUGUAAACAUGCCAUGUCAUGCUUUCUUUUUCAUAUGCUGUUUGUUCUAUGACCAUCGGUGUACAUUGCAACCUGGUAGGCAAAAGCAAUGCUUCUUGCUACCCCUUUGGAUUUAUUUGCAAAAUAGCAAUUUUUUUCAGCUCUAAUGCUGAGGCUGUAUAUUUGUAAUUACUUGUUACAUCACUUUAUUUUAACUCUAUGAAUGCAAUUUAAGAAAAGAAUUGUUAAUUUAAAUCUUAAUAUCUGGAAUAAUAUUUAUUUGGGGUUUCCUAGUGUAUAAAGUAGACUGGCAGGGGCCACAGAUUUUCUACCCAAACUGUUUCCAUCUUAUCUUUAUAGUAAGACUGUGAAUGAUGUGAGAAAGCAUUGUUUUGACUGCAUAAGCUUUGAAAACUUAAUAUCAAAUCUGAGCUACAUCACAAUUUCUUCUCUAUAUUUCAUUUCCUGUAGAUCUGUUACAGUGCAUGUUGUUUUGUCACAAAAUCAUUUGGACAGUGCCUCUAAGUAUAUAGGAUUCGAACAGUUUUGUAAAGAAGUGUCUUGUGUAUAAAAUGAAAAAAUCAAGAAUUGUUAUAAAUCUUGAUAAUUUGAAUGGGCAGUUGUACAAGCUUUCCAAGGCAUGUUUGUAAUAAUAACAACAAAUGCUAGGAGGCAAGCCAGAAUCACAUUAACAGUAUUAGUUUAGAUGCAAGUCAACUUUGUCUGGGUCCUUCUAAUAUUUUCCUAGAUUGUAUGUACUCAUUUCAUUUUCCAAAGGGUAGUAAGUAGAUCAUCAUAGCUCAUCUCCUUUGUGUGUAAUUCAGAGAUUUUGUUUGUAGUAUACAGUAUAAAUCACAGUAGUUUUAGAUUGGACAGUGCAUUUGUAAUAUAGAGAAGUACAAAUUGAGGAAAAUGUUCUAGGACUUGUAUACUUGUGCUUCAGAUUGAUGUCUCCUUUAAGUGUAAAGCAUGUGAAACCUAGAAGUUAAAACUGUAGACAUCUGUUUUUACUCUUGGAUCUAUCUUGUUAAGUAGAAAGCAUUUAACGUUGUAGAACAUAAAAGAUCUCAUCAUUGAGAACAGAUGGGUAGAUAAAAAUGAUACUACUAACCUACUUCACAUAAGGCAGUGACUUAGAUGGCUAUCAGGCUCCAAAAUCUAAAGAGGCUUUUUAAUACACCACUCUUGGAUCUAAAGAUCCACAUGUUAGUCUUUGCCCCAGUGCUUUCUAAAUGCUAUUUUGAAACAUCCUAAUGUUUUUGAAAAGCCUUAAAAUCCCAAUAUUGCGUAAGCAUGCUAUAAAUAACCAUGUGUAAGCAUGGUUACUGCUGUAUAACAGAACAAGUUCUUCCCAUAAUUAAAACAUAUUUAAAAUUUCCAUAUUAGCAGAAAUUACGUUAUCUUGCAAGCAAAUUAGCUGUUUUGCCACCAUGCUAUUAUAUGUGAUGAAAUACAAUUAAAAGCUGAAAAUAUGUAUUCAGAUAUGCCAAAAAGAUACAUUUGUAAAUUUCUCCACAUACUGCUGUUAGCACUCAUUUGGGUUAAAACUAAGCAAUGUCUAUUUGACCUGCUGUUUUAUUCAAAAUAUGACUGUUCUGGACUUCUUUUUGUUAAGUGCUAAAGCAAAACUAUUGAACUGCCUUAUCUCUCAAAUCAAUUCACUGUUAAAAAAGAGCUGUUUCUGGCAAAUGUGCUAAUUUACCAGCUAAACUGUAGAUGUGUGUAUAGUUUAACGAGAAGCAUAAAUGCAAAUAGGCAUACAUUUAACUUUAAUGAAUCUUUAAUUCAUAUUAUAAAGGAAGCAGGUUGUUUAAGAAAAGCUGGCCAUGGCAGCUGCCACUAAUUUUCAUAUAUCUCCAACAAACCACAUCAGCAUUUACCAAUUGGAAUGCCUAUGGCAUGUAUUUGCUGCAAAAUUACUGAAGCCUUUUUUCAGAAGAUUCCCUUAUUGUCUAGUGACUUAUUUUUAGUAGACAAGUUUGUAAGCACUACAUAUAUUGUUCGAGACUGAUAUUCCCUGCUGUUUUGCUUGAAUUCUGUAGCCUCACUUUGGACCAACAGUUGGGAGUCAAAUGUGCAUCCAAAGACAACCAACUGCAACUUCCACACUGCUCAACACUUGUGUUGCUUGUUGCAUUGCAAAUGGGGAAACAGCAGCAUGUAACUCAAAGAAUAUAGGCCUCGUAUUCUUUAGUGCACUGCUUCUUAAACUGUGGGUCACAAUCUCAAAUGGAGUCCCAUUUGCUCAAUGCUGGGGUCCCAACAUUUUUUGUGGCCAUUUACAAAAAUCUGUUGUGCAGUAUUUACAGUGGACUCUGCAGAAGAUGCUUCAGCUAUACUUCAUUAAAAGGAAAAUCAACCUGUUUAGCAAGCCUUGCAAAUGCUGAUCUGUUAAUCAGUAAACGUUUGGUUUUCAUACCUACCUUAUAUACCUAUAGCCAGGGUCACAUAAAAAUUCCUUGAGCCAAAAAGACACGAAUUGAAAAGUUUAAGAAAUCCUGCUUUAGUGCACCACACUUACCCUUUGACUUUUUAUCAUGUCGGAAGCGACUUGAGAACAUAUUGCAAGUCGCUUCUGGUGUGAGAGAAUUGGCCGUCUACAAAGACGUUGCCCAGGGGACGCCUGGAUGUGUUACCAUCCUGAUGGGAGGCUUCUCUCAUGUCCCUGCAAGCUAGAGCUGACAGAUGGCCGCUCACCCAAUUUUGCGGAUUCAAAUCGGCAAGCUUCAGGUCAGCAACCUAACCUUUAGAUCAGCAGUUCAUCCGGCACAAGGGUUUAACCCAUUGCAGCUAAAAUUCUAGCACGAUAAACUGAAACCUGAAUUUUGAAAUGUUUACUACAAAAGAAUUAUAACAUUUCUAACCAUCAGUGCAGACCAUAUAUUACCCAGAUACUAUUUUAGAAGUGAAUCGACUUCAUAGUCUACACCCGAAUAGCAAAACUGAUUUAACUUCCAUAGUUUAGGUGGAGGGGCCACUGUUUGUUGCACACAGAAUAUUAAUCCUUGUGAUGUCCAGUUAUAAGGAUCAGCAAAAAUAAUGGGGAAAUCCUCUGUUAGAAAGUCUGUGGAAUUACUGACAGAGUAGAAAACACUGGGCUACAAGGACAAAUAGUUUGAGCUGGUAUUAAGAAUGCUUGCUAGAUAAUAAGAAAGAUUACUUAAUAUUAAAAAAACCCUAUUAAAAUGGAAUCAAGAAUUUUAUUAAAUAUUUAAGAGGAAAUGAUAGAAAAUUAAUAGCUAAUCAUGGUAUCUUCAAAAUUAAGACAGAAAGAAAUGCCACAUGGAACACUGGGAUUCUCUCUGGCCAGUUGCAAACAGCCUGCUACCUUCAAGCUGUGCUCUGCAAAAUAAAUGUGUUCAGUAGUUGAUAAUUGUACUUGUGCCUAAAUGCUUGUUAAUUAGUCUCGCUUUUUUUGUCAGUAUGUUUUGCACCUAGCACACUCUUUGAAACUGUCGAUAACACUGUAUUUUGGAAAGUUACACAAAUGGCCAAUGUCUGAGGUCAGUAUCUGUGCACUUAAAAUGGUUUAUUUCCAGUGAUUCAUAGCAGAGAUGUUAGAUUAGAACACUUGAGAAUGCGUUGCAAGGCUCAAGACUAUAACAGUAUUCCAAAGGUCGAUGUUUUGUUAUAUUGCUUGAAAUACAUCAUGACAAUAAAGUCUUAAACUUUUCUUUAAAAAAA